CGGGAGAGCCUGGCACAUGCGUGGCGUUCCCUCGGAAGACUGAGCAGGCGCAGCGGCAGGCCCGCGGGAGGGUGCAGAGGCGCGCGCAGCAUCCCGGAACAAGUGCGGAGCAGGAUAAUCGGUUCAGCAACAAACAGAAGAAACUCCUCAAGCAGCUGAAAUUUGCAGAAUGCCUAGAAAAAAAGGUGGACAUGAGCAAAGUAAAUUUGGAGGUUAUAAAGCCUUGGAUAACAAAAAGAGUAACUGAAAUCCUUGGAUUUGAAGAUGAUGUUGUGAUUGAGUUUAUAUUCAACCAGCUGGAAGUGAAGAAUCCAGAUUCCAAAAUGAUGCAAAUCAACCUGACUGGAUUUUUGAAUGGGAAAAACGCUCGAGAAUUCAUGGGAGAACUGUGGCCCCUGCUGUUGAGUGCACAAGAGAACAUCGCCGGCAUCCCCUCUGCUUUCCUAGAGUUGAAGAAGGAGGAAAUCAAACAGCGACAAAUUGAACAAGAAAAAUUGGCAUCUCUGAAAAAACAAGAUGAAGAUAAAGAUAAGAGGGAUAAGGAAGAAAAAGAAAGCAGCAGAGAAAAAAGGGAGCGGUCCCGAAGCCCAAGAAGACGAAAAUCCAGAUCUCCUUCCCCUAGAAGACGAUCUUCCCCUGUCAGGAGAGAGAGAAAGCGCAGUCACUCUCGAUCUCCCCGUCACAGAACCAAGAGCCGGAGCCCUUCCCCUGCCCCAGAAAAGAAGGAGAAAUCUCCAGAGCUCCCAGAACCGUCAGUGAGAACAAAAGACUCUUCAGUACAGGAGGCCACAUCUACAAGUGACAUCCUGAAAGCUCCCAAGCCUGAGCCUGUACCAGAGCCCAAAGAACCUUCUCCAGAAAAAAAUUCCAAAAAGGAAAAGGAAAAGACACGACCACGAUCUCGAUCACGUUCCAAAUCACGAUCUCGGACCCGUUCUCGAUCACCUUCUCAUACUAGACCAAGACGACGACAUAGAUCCCGAUCAAGAUCAUACUCUCCUAGAAGGCGGCCAAGCCCAAGAAGGAGACCAUCUCCUCGAAGAAGAACUCCACCAAGACGGAUGCCUCCUCCACCAAGACACAGGAGGAGUAGAUCUCCAGGCAGACGGGAUGCAGGCAGUGAGAUGAAUGCUCUAUUCCACAGAAGGAGGCGUUCUUCUGCAUCGUUGUCUGGAAGUAGCUCUUCGUCUUCGUCAUCUCGUUCCCGGUCACCGCCAAAAAAGCCUCCCAAGAGGACCUCCAGCCCACCUCGGAAAACUCGUAGGUUAUCUCCUUCUGCAAGUCCUCCAAGGCGAAGGCACAGACCAUCAUCUCCAACAACUCCACCACCUAAAACUCGCCAUUCCCCCACCCCCCAGCAGUCAAACCGCACAAGAAAAAGUCGUGUUUCUGUGUCUCCAGGAAGAACUUCGGGUAAAGUGACAAAACAUAAAGGUACUGAGAAAAGAGAGUCACCUUCACCAGCACCCAAGCCUAGAAAGGUGGAGUUGUCUGAGUCUGAAGAAGACAAAGGCAGCAAGAUGGCUGCAGCCGAUUCUGUGCAACAGAGACGCCAGUAUAGACGACAGAACCAGCAGUCUUCAUCUGAAGAUGAGCGGCCCAAGAGAUCCCAUGUGAAGAAUGGUGAGGUAGGCAGGCGGCGGAGACAUUCUCCUUCUCGGAGUGCAUCUCCAUCACCUCGAAAGCGCCAAAAAGAGACUUCCCCUCGGAUGCAGAUGGGAAAACGAUGGCAAUCGCCAGUGACUAAAAGUGGUAGAAGGAGGAGAAGUCCCUCUCCACCACCAGCCAGAAGGCGACGAUCUCCUUCUCCAGCUCCUCCUCCCCCUCCUCCUCCUCGGCGGCGUAGAUCUCCCACCCCACCACCACGAAGAAGGACUCCUUCUCCUCCCCCACGCCGCCGUUCACCUUCUCCAAGAAGAUACUCUCCUCCCAUCCAGAGGAGAUACUCUCCUUCCCCGCCUCCGAAGAGGAGAACCGCCUCGCCCCCACCCCCGCCCAAGCGAAGGGCAUCACCAUCUCCACCACCAAAGCGCCGAGUCUCCCACUCUCCACCACCCAAACAAAGAAGCCCCCCAGUCACCAAGAGACGCUCGCCCUCCUUGUCUGCAAAGCACAGGAAAGGCUCUUCCCCAGGCCGCUCUACCCGGGAGGCCCGGUCACCACAACCAAACAAACGGCAUUCGCCCUCACCACGUCCUCGAGCUCCUCAGACCUCAAGUCCUCCCCCUGCUCGAAGAGGAGCAUCGGCGUCACCCCAAGGAAGGCAGUCCCCGUCGCCAAGUACUAGGCCUAUUAGGAGAGUCUCCAGGACUCCGGAGCCGAAAAAGAUUAAAAAGGCUGCCUCACCAAGCCCUCAGUCCGCCAGAAGGGUUUCCUCUUCCCGAUCUGUCUCUGGAUCUCCUGAGCCAGCAGCUAAAAAGGCCCCAGCACCUCCAUCUCCUGUCCAGUGUCAGUCGCCCUCCACCAACUGGUCCCCUGCAGUGCCCGUCAAAAAGGCUAAAAGCCCAACACCAAGCCCGUCCCCUGCAAGGAAUUCUGAUCAAGAAGGAGGUGGAAAGAAGAAGAAGAAAAAGAAGGACAAGAAACACAAAAAGGAUAAGAAACACAAGAAGCACAAAAAACACAAGAAGGAGAAGGCUGUGGCUGUAGCCACUGCAGCUCCUGCCACCCCUGCAGCUAUUUCUGCUGCCACAACCACAUCAGCACAGCAAGAGCCUGUGGCAGCCACAGAGCCCAGGAAGGAGACUGAAAGUGAAGCUGAGGACAACCUUGAUGACUUAGAGAGGCACCUUCGGGAAAAGGCCCUUCGGUCCAUGCGGAAGGCUCAAGUGUCCCCACAGUCCUAGGGGGACAUGUUUGUUACGUUGUAAAUUUUAUUUGGUUUGUACUCAAUUUCAAAAUUGCUAAAAUGUGUUUGAGCUUUAGACUAUAACAUUUGUUGUAAUAAUUGCUAGGUUGAAGUUCACCAUGGGUUUUUCUUUUUUUUUCUUUUUUUUUUUUUUCUUUUUUUUUAAAGAGGGCAUGGAUUUACAUUACAAAGGUGUCCACAGUGUAUUAGUGACAUUCUUCCAUUGACAUUUAGAGUGAAAUAUUUUAAGCCCCCCCAAAAAAAGAUUUUUUUUUAAGGGCAUUUAAAUAUUGUUGGCAUUCUUGUGGUUCCUUUAAAUGCCUUUGCCUCCCCUCCCCGCCUGUUUUUCUUCCUUCCUCUUGAAUUUUGGGAUCCAUGUGAAUUAUGCUUACAACCUUGUAUAGGUUUGUAAGCUUGCCCAGAAGUGAGACCACUGUGAAGUACCACAAAGGUCUGAGUGAGUGUUUUCACUCCCGUUGUCUCUGCCGACACCUCGGGAUCUCAGCUCUAGAGAGCAGGGGAGGCACUGCUCAUGGGUGCUGGAGAUUCUGUCCGAGUGUGACAGCUUCCUAAGUUGAUUUACAACUCUGGGAUUUUUGUCCUCUUUAGGUUGAUUUGUUUUGUUUUUCUGUCUCCCCCUUUUUUCUUUCUCUUUUGUAAAGGCAAUUUGCUAGACCCAGCAAGGACCCUUCAGUUACAUAAAUUUGUUUUAUGAAACUGCAUGGGCCCAUCCAUAUUUUUUUCCCUUACUCUUCCAAUUGGUACACAAAACUGAAGAGCUCUUGCAUUGGCAGGCUGGGAGGGCCUGGACUUGGACAUAGUGUCUUGGUUUCACUGUUUUAUUUUAUUUUAUUUUUUAACUAAAGCUAUAUAAAGCUUGUGGAUUAAACAGAAUAAAUUUCUAAAUUUAAAAACGUU